UCAGUGUAACGUUGGUAUUUGGCCUAGUCGCAAAGGAAUUUUCAUUUUAUAUUUUUAAAACCGGAGCGAAAUAUUCUCCUCGUUUAAUAUUUUUUUUUUAAUUUUUUUUUUUGUUUUUUGUUCAUAUUAUAAUUUUUGUGUUUUCUUUUAAAUUUCUGGUUAAGCAGGUUUUCUUCUCUCUUGAAAUCAUACUGCUUGUGUUAAAUACAUACUGCGCUUUGGAAAGUUAAAAAAUCUUAAAGGAAAAGAAAUAAAAUAAAAACUAUAAAAAAAAAAAUCAAGUAAUCAAUUUUUGAAAUUUCUUAAAAUUCUAUUUUUAAAAAAAACAAAUUUUCAAAUUAAAAUUUUACAAAAUAAAAUAAACGCGCAGACUUUAUAAUUAAAUUUUUAAAAUAGACAAAAUAAUAAUUGGUAAAAAUUGUCUCUUCUAUAUGAUAAAUUUAUUUUUGGUUAUUAAGCGUUGAAUAACAAAAAAAAAAAAUUAAGAAUGAUAGUGAAAUAAAACGAAAAUAACAAUAAUAAUAAUAAAAAAUAAAAAUAAAUACAAAAUUGUUGAUUAGUUAUGGUAUUAUUUAACAAUUUUUUAGUUAAACUUAAAUAAAAUGUCAAGAAAUCUAGUCUUAUAAAUUAGCCAACAUAAUUUUGCAACAUUAACGAAAAAAAAAAAAACAAAUUUAAGGAAAACCUAACUUUUUGAUUAUUAGAAAAUCAGGCGAAAUACAACGGAUAAAAACAUGACAUUGCUACUACACUUUAAUUAAUUAAAAAUCAAAUUCAAUUAAUUUUUUUUAAAUUAAAAAAUUAAUUUAAGAAUUAAUGUUAUGAAUAUAAAAUAUUUAAAUAAUAUAAAAAUAAAAGUAUAAUUGCCGUAAAUUAAAUAAUUUUAAUUGAAAAAGAAAAAAAAAAACCAAAAUAAAAAUUUUAAAAUGGGAACAAAAUCACCAGGAGGACCUCAACGAUGCCGCUUAAUAUUACAUCGAUGUUUGGCAAUACAAUUAUGUAAAUCAGGACAUGCACCAGAUGAUUUUUGGAUGUAUGAUUCCGGUUAUAUGAUAUUUCAGAAUUUUCUGGCGGCAAAUGCACAAUGUUGGUGGAAUGUUCCGUUAACAACAGCAACUCGAUCACUUAAAUAUGCUGGUCAUGUAGCUCCUGGAAUGUUAUUAGUAACUGGUGAACCAUGUGCUUUAGAAGUUAUUCGUGGUUCAUAUGCUCGAGGUGUUUUAAAACCGCCAGCAACAUAUGUUAUCAGUUCAGUGGGUGAUAUUGAUGAUUGUAUUGUUACACCAACAAUGCAAGGACAAUUUACACCACUACCGGAAGCAUUAUGUGAUGUUAUAAUGAACUUAACUACAAAAGGUCAAUCAGCAACAAUAGAAAAUUUACGAAUAAAUUUAGGAAUUCAAUUCCCACAUAUGACAACACCAGGAAUCGAAGUUAUUUAUGAUACUUUAGCACAAUUAAUGCAAGAAGCAAAAAUUUAUCAAACUGCUAAAGGUUAUUUUAUUGUUACUCCAGAAAGACGAAGAAGUAGAUCUAGACCAAAAAUGCAAGCUCUAGACUCUUAUAAAAAUUUAGAGGAAUAUGAGCAAAUUGAAAGUCAACAAGAAGCCAGAACAAUUUUAAUGACAAAUUCAGAAGCACUACAUUCACUAUAUGGUGAAAUUUCAACAGAACGUGAUGGUGAUUUAACACAUCAAUGUAUUCAAACAAAUUUAGCAGAUGUAAUUUGUGGAGGAAACCCGAAUGAUAAAAUAAUAUAUCCGAGAACAUCGAAACGUCGUAGUGCAUCAUUUCCAACACCAAGAAGUUUAGAUCGACGACAUAGUUUAAGAUUAUUUGGUUCAUCGAAAAGAUUACAAAAAUGUGCAUCAACACGUAGUCUAUCGAAAACAUAUGCCCAAAGUUUAACAACAGAUAGUAGUAGUUCGGAAUAUCAAAGUACUGAUUCAUCAUCAGCAAAAAAAGCAUCCUUACUUUUUCGUUUAUUUCGACGUAGUAGCAGAUCAAAACAACGAAAAAUCGAAACAUAUUCAGGACAAUUUCCACCAGUUGAAUGGUUUAAUUCACGUACAGUUCAUUUACAUAGUAUUGGAACGCAAACUACUGAUCAGGAAAUUCCUACAGUACAUACACUUUCAAAUUCAACAUUUUAUGAUGGUUCUGAAUAUAGUCAAAGAUCAUCAACAUUACCAAAGCGACAUAGACGCCAUUUAUCUGGUGAUUCAAUUUUUGCAUUAUCAUCAAGAGAUUGUUCACCAUUACGACGUAAUUCACCUGCAUAUUCUAGUUCAAGUUUACCAAGAUCAACACAUUCAGUGUCACCAAUGUCAACAAAUGUACAAAAUGGUACACAAUAUCAAUCACAACAGUCAUCAAAUAUAUGUGUGAGUAGUUCUACAACUUAUCAAUCAUCAAUUGCAAAAGCUUAUGGUACUGGUAAUGAAACUACAUUUAACAAGCAUAUUUAUGAACAACAAAAUCGCCUUAAAACAUCUACUAAAAAACUAAAAGCGAUAGAUAAUCAUAAUAAAAUAUCAUCAUCUGGCCGUAAUUUACGACAAUCCGGUCAUAUUAAUUAUGAAAAUGGCAAAACAGAAUCUGUUUUAAUUUCAGGUCCAUCCAGUAUAGAUAGUGGAAAAAUUUCAUUAAAUAAACAACCAACUAGUGAUAAUUCUAGUCUAGAAUUUUCAGAAAAUGUAAAUGUUAAAAAUCAACAAAUAUCACCAACCAGAUCAAUUUUAAUAUUAAAUCGUUCACCACGAAGUUCAUUUCGUCACUCAAAUUUAAGAAAUAAUUCUGUAAAGAAGUCCGAAACAAAUGGAUAUGAUCAUUCAACUAAUAGCUCUACUAUUAAAUUUGAAAAUGUACCAAUUGGAAAGAAUAGUUCAUCAUCAAAUGGAAUUUCAAAUUCAGCUUCAAAUAGUUCUAUAAUGUUACAAGUUACAACGAAUGGUUCACAAUCAAAUAUUCCGAGUACGAAAAUUUUUGUUCAAAAUUCACCAGUACGUAGUGUUAUAACAUUAGAAAAUCGAAAAUUAUUGGACAGUGCUAAUGUAUAUAUUAUUAAUAAUGAGACAACAACUAAUGAAAAAGGAGAAAUAACCAAAAAUUCAUUUACCAGACAAAAAUCAAAUCCAUUAGAUUCAAUAAAAUUAAAUAGUUCAAUGUUUGAAAGUGAUACCAAUUCGGAAGCAUAUGAUUCUUUAUCAGCUGUAUCAGAUACAUCUAAAAAUCAAAAUGAUUCAAUUUCUAUACAAGAAAAACCAGAUCCAUUAAAAUUUACUAAAAAUACAAAUAAUGAUACAGCAAUGAAUAAUAGUAGAAUAUUACCAUUAAAAUUAUCUCAAAAUGGUUCAAAUGGUAUUAUAUAUAAAAAUUAUUUAAAAAAUGAUUUACCACAAUCUGUUAAUUCCGAAGAAAAUAUAUCGGAAUUUUGUAAAGCUGGUUCAGUUGGAAAUUUAGGAUUUUAUGAAAAAAAUAUAAAUGAUUUAAAUAAUAAAAUUAAUUCAAAUGAUUUAAAAAAUUUAAGAUUUGAAUCAGCUAGUAGUUUAAAUUCAAAAUCAUUAUUAAAUACACCAGUUGAUUCAUUGGCAAAUAUAUUACAAAAACAAAAAUUAGAUGUUGAAAGUGAACCAAAUUUAACAAAUAGAAAUAAUGAGAAAUUAAUUAAAAAUGAUAAUUUUAUGAAAACAAUUGAUAAAAAUAUUGUUGAUUAUGGUUUAAAUUCAACAAAAGAUAAUAAUGAUGAAUUAUAUAAUUUUCCAAGUUUAACUGAUUUAAGUUUUAAUUUUACAUCUUUGGCUGCUAAAAAAAUAUUACAAGGUGUUAGCUUAAAUAGUGUAGAUACUUUAGUUGAAUUAAAUCUUGCUAAUAUUAAAGAUAAGGAAAAACAAAAAAAUAAUACAUUAAUAUAAAAAAUGAUUUUAUUAUAUACAUUUAUAUAUAUAAAAUUAUAUAAUAUUCAAAAAUUAUCUU